AUGCAUAACGAUGGUGAAUUCAUUGCUGCUUUGAAUAGUGCUCAGUUUGAUCCGAGUACACCAAAUGGAAACCCAAAUAAUAAUCCAUUAUGUAACAGAGAAAUUGAAGUCAGUGGUCCACGGGGAACAGCAAGAGUUCGAGUAGUUGAUCGAUGCCCAGGUUGUCCAUACGGUGGUCUUGAUUUAUCGCCAGCAGCUUUUCAACGAAUCGUCGGUGAUCUUAGCCAGGGUGUUGGCCAAGUUACAUGGGAGUGGACGUAG